AUGAAGAAAAAGGCAGGACCCAAAAAGAAGGCAAAGACCAAGCAUGCUGCCCCAAUCAAAGCAGAGGACGACUGGUUGGGAAGUCAGGCCGAAGGAGAAGAUGAGCUGGGCAUCGGCAGUGAGGAUGAACCGGAGGGCGCGGAUGAGGCUCUUGAAGAGCUGGAUGCCGCAGAGGCGGAUGAUGACGAAAAUGAUUCUAUGGACAGACUGGAUGACACCAACGAGGGUGGUGAUGCCCAGCUCGGGUCACGUAUCCUGGCACGAGUUGCUGAAGGCAAGCAGACGGAUCUCAACGCUCUGAAGCAAGAGAUACAGGAUGAUGCCAGCCUCUUGAGCCAGUGGCGGAAGGCGCAGGAGUUGGGUGAGAAGCGCACGCGGGAAGAGGUCUUUAAAGGCCUGGUCUCGAACUGCUCCACGUACUUCGGAUACUCUGAAGAGCUGGCCGAGUACUUCCUGCAGAUGUUUAGCCCAGAGACAGCCAUCAAAUUUUUCGAGGCGAAUGAGCAGCAGCGCCCUUUGACAUUGAGAACAAACACGCUCAAGGCACGGCGCUCGUCCUUGAUGCAGGCACUUACACAGCGCAAGGUCCAAGUGGAUCCAAUCGGAAACUGGACCAAAGUGGGAUUGAAGGUCUAUCAAUCUCAAGUCCCUGUUGGAGCAACACCAGAAUACUUGGGCGGCCACUACAUGAUCCAGAGUGCCUCCUCUUUUAUUCCGGUCAUGGCACUGGCUCCGCAACAGGAUGAGGUGGUCUUGGACAUGGCUGCAGCGCCUGGUGGCAAGACAACGUACAUAGGCCAGCUCAUGCGAAACACCGGCACGCUAUUUGCCAAUGACCUGCGCAAAGACAGAUGCAAGGCCCUUGUGGCCAACGUGCACCGUUUGGGAUUGACAAAUGUCGUGGUGACAAAUCUGGAUGGCAAGAAGCUGUCGAAGAUGUUGCCCCGCCUGGACCGU